AUGGCGCUCAGUUACACCGAUCUGAUGCAGUUAGUAUGGACCCUCUGGGGUGUAUCAUUUCUCUGCACAAUCCUUAGAGGCUUUCUGCGACGGAAGUCUCAGCACCGACUCUUCGCAGACGACUACUUCGUUUUCUUCGGCUUGUUCUCCUUGACUGCCCUCUCCGCAGUCAUCACAUGCCUGCUGCCACAGUUCUUUCUGGCGCAGGAAUACUCAAAAGCGGCUAUAUUGGAUCCACUCACGCCGUUGCCACUGACGCCGGAUGAAUUUAUCGGGAGAACGCGUACUUCGCUGAAGUUCAUGUUCAGCCAGAUGCUGUUGUUUUGGACUACUCUUUGGGCUGCCAAGUUCUCCAUUCUUUUCUUCUUCAGACGGCUGGUAAUAGGAUUGCCAGUAUACAUGCGUGCAUGGUGGGCGUCCUUCGUACUGGUCCUACUCUUGUAUCUGGCAUGCAUCGCCUCCAAUUUCCUAACAUGCCGACCACUAACCAAGUACUGGAGCGCAACUGGAUGCAGCGACCCUGAAGACCUCAUCCGAGCCGACGCAUCUAUCAAGUUCGCAACAAGCGCAGACGUUAUUGCCGACGCCCUCAUCAUGCUCCUCCCUCUAAAGCUCUUACGCAAACUACAAGUCUCGCCCCAACAAAAGUUCGGUCUGGCAGUCAUAUUCUCCCUCGGCACCAUCAUUAUCGCCUUCGCGUUCGCACGCCUCGCACAAGUCACAAAAGCCACUUCGAACCCCGAUUUAACGGCCCUUGCUGAUGGACCCGUACUACUCAGCAUGUGGAGUCACAUCGAGUCAUCUGUUUCCGUCAUCGUUGCUACGCUGCCGGCGUUCAGGUCUGUAAUUUAG